AUGGAUCCCAUUCAGAGCAUGUCCACAUCCGGGGGGCAGCUCCCCGCGGGCAUGAGCGCCGAGGAGACCACCAACUUGGAAGAUGAGAAACAGAUGGAGAAGCAAUUCGCCGUCAAGACGGUGCAGCACCUCGAAACAUACUGGGCCAUCCUGGAGCGCGUGCGCGGCUCGACGUUGCGCCUGACCAAGCUGGACGACGACAUCUACGAGCACUUGAAGACCGACUUUCCCGAGUUUGACCCCGCAGCCGUCAUCGACGAGGACGAAAUGAAGAGCAAGACGGGCAAGGAGCGCUGGCGCAAGUUCAUGAUGGCGUAUGAGAAGAAGGUGGAGGACUACAACUUUGGCACGAUGCUGCGCAACAGCCCCAAGGUCGAGUAUGAGCAGGACACGACCCUUUUCGUCCCGCGCAUGCAAUUCUACGCUGUCGAGAUUGCCCGCAACAAGAGCGGCCUCAACGAUUGGAUCUUCGAAAAGGCCGAAGCCGAAAAGGCCAAGGGCAAAUAA